AUGAUGAGUCCCGCCCAAGAUAAACUGCAGCACCAGCAUCAUAAUCCUAAUUCUUCCUCAUCGUCAUCCUCUAAGAUGACGAACGUUUAUCAGGUUACCACGCCAAAGUCUCCUCAGGAUUUGGAAAACAACAUGGAUGAGCCCUUCAAAAUGGACACCGCCACCAGUAAUCCGGACAAGGAUAGCGAAAAUACCCAGCGGUUGAAGUACGAAUGUGCCAAAGGGGAAAUACAGAAUGUUUUGAACCUACAUAUAAUGCUAAACCACAAGCAUGUUAGGCACUUACGAAGAAAUGUUCAAAAGGUUAACGCAAAACUAGCUCUCUUGGAAACCCUGCAUAAGGAUACUGGUCUAUUGAACAAAAUCGAACGGACGUAUCAACUCAAAAUAAAACAACAUCAGCAGCAUAGCGUGCUCGGCGGCCACUUUCACGACAGUACGGCUACGGAAAAUACGAACGCAUCAAAUUAUAACCUGUCAUACCCGGUUCUAUCGGAUUAUAACAUCAACUGUCAGCCUUUGUCUUCGAGCAGCAACAGAAAUCUGUCAACAACACGCAUACCACACCACCAUUAUCAUACUAGAAGCAAGAGUAACGGGCUUUUGCUAGAACCUUCUGCCCUCCGUCCGGCAAAUUCGAAUAUAAUUGAUUACAGGCUAACAGGUUCUAAAUCUCUAUCAGAAGCCAUAACCAAGCCCACUCCCGUCUCGCUUCCUCACUCUAAUUCGGAUGGCAUUUCUUCACCUCGUUCCUCCUCAAUCUCCCCCUUAGACGAGCAGCCGGGGUUCCAGAUACUCCCUUUUAAACCAAGUCAGAUGCAUCUUAACCACAGACGUAAUUACAGUAGCACUUGUUUGACGAGCAAUAGCGGUAUCAUCGGUAAGACUGAAAAUAAUGAGCCCAUUUUUAGAAGAUAUGACGGCAUUUUGGUUAUAAUUACGUGCUCCAAAUGUGACCGUUCCGGUUUCACUUCCGCGCAAGGUAUCGUGAACCAUACUCGACUAAAACAUUCUAAACUAUAUUCAAGCCAACCAUUGGCAGUUUUAAACAACCAAAAACUACUUCCUAAUGAUAAGCAGGAUCCGGAAAUUUUAUCUAAGUUCAAGAAACUAAAUUUGGACCCAAACAAAGACUACCUACCCUCUGACAUUGCAAUCCCAAAACCACAAUCACCAAUCAACCACUCCGAGAACCAUACGCGGGCUCCAAAGACUGUCAAGAACACUCCUCAUUUAGAAAAACUAUACCAAAAUAAAGAAGACUUCAAAAAACUGAUUGACAUGGUUAAUGAAACUCCGGAUGAUUUGAAUGAAUAUUUGAAGCAACGUGAAAUUCAAUUAAGAUAUCAAAAGGAGCAAGAAGAGGAAUCUUCCAAAUCUGAUGACGAAGCUUCUUACGUCCCAUCACCGUCUCUCUCAGCAACGGCUACAACAACAACGACUACGGACCCACCCUCUCCGCCAGUGCUAUCCUCCUCCUUACAAAGAAAAUUGCUGCGUAAGAGAAAACUGAGCUUGAAUAGCUCUACUCCCAUGGAAGAUUUACCUUUAAGAGAAAGGUUGAGAGCAAAUCCCACUGACAAGAAACCAAGAAAAGCGGCCCUUUUGACUAAUGAACUUGAGGGUCCUGAUCCUGCAGCAAAAUCAUCAUCUUAUUACAAUCUAAGGUCGAAAUCAAGACUGCGUGGUUCUCAUACAUAG